AUGGCUGGGGAGAGCCCGGCUGAGAAAUUUGGGGGAUGUCAGUGCGAGACGAGCCAUGCUGAGAGCAUCCUGUACCAGAUCCUUACGGAAGAGCAUCAAAAUGAGGCCGAACGGCACCAGCAGUGUCAUGGACCUCACCACUCCACAGCAAGAAGCCAUUGCUCUUGUGUGGAUGAAAGAAGAGUUGUCCUGAAAAUGCCAGGAGCCACAUGCAGCAGAGCUUCUGGAGUACUCCUGAAGACGUUAACUUUUGUUAGGAACUUGCCUUCUUUUUAUCAUGUGCCUUGGGAGUAUCGGUUUGUCCUCGUACAGCAGAACUGGGCCCCUCUUUCUGACCUGGGCCUGGCACAAGAAAGGAUGGAUUUUGACCUGCGAGAGGUUUUGGGCCCCAGUUUAUUGAAAAAAAUCCUCCUCAAUCAAUCUUCGACAGCUAGCAAUGAACCGGGCAGCACAUCCCUGGGAACAUCCUUAGCAGAAGUUCAGAAGAUUAAGAAUUUAUUGUGGAAAUUUUGGGACCUGAACAUAAGCACAAGAGAAUACGCCUAUCUCAAAGGAAUUAUUCUUUUCCAUUCUGGUAAAUGUCUCCCCUAUGUACAAACACUGUAGCAGGAAGCUCAGCAAGCUUUGAUGGAGCUUAUCUCAAUGAUGUUCAGCAGAAACCUAAGCAGGUUUGCUUGGAUACUUCAGCUAAUCACCUCUCUUCGUGACAUUGAUGCAGGAUGCUAUUGA